AUGGCGGCGAGAUUAUCCCUCAAUGCCCGCAGUCGGCUUCUGCGAACGCCUCGCCUAUCUUCGACCCGGCUUCUAUCCCCAAUCCCGAGAUCAAGCAUACUACCCUGCACCUCUAUCAUACCACCAGCCAUCAACCAUAGCCCUAUAUCUGUCCGCAACUAUGCCAACGGGGGCCGUCCACACCCUCCAGGCGGUACUCACCGUAUGGAUAUGAGCGGCGGAGAGGACGAGAAAUCAGCACUAGAAAAGUAUGGUGUUGAGCUUACGGAGAAAGCUAAAGCUGGCAAGCUGGAUCCAGUCAUUGGACGGGAUGCCGAGAUUCAUCGAACCAUCCAAAUUCUGUCCAGGCGAACUAAGAACAACCCCGUACUGAUCGGUUCCGCUGGAACCGGUAAGACCGCCGUUCUCGAAGGGCUGGCUCAGCGUAUCGUACAAGGAGAUGUCCCCGAGAGCAUCAAAAACAAACGGGUUGUCUCAUUGGACCUGGGCUCUCUAAUUGCAGGAGCCAAGUUCCGGGGUGACUUCGAGGAGCGUCUGAAAGCCGUCCUGAAGGAAGUGGAGGAUGCAGAAGGCGGGGUGAUCCUCUUCAUUGACGAGCUUCACACCUUGCUGGGACUUGGCAAGGCUGAGGGCAGCAUUGAUGCUAGUAAUCUUCUCAAGCCUGCUUUGUCGCGAGGCGAGCUUCAAUGCUGUGGUGCCACUACUCUGAAUGAAUAUCGAUUGAUUGAAAAAGAUGUGGCUCUUGCCCGACGGUUCCAGCCUAUUCUGGUGAGUGAGCCGUCGGUCGCCUCGACUAUUUCCAUUCUACGGGGCAUCAAGAACAAAUACGAAGUACAUCAUGGUGUCAGAAUUACAGAUGGCGCUUUAGUAGCUGCAGCCACUUACAGUAAUCGCUACAUCACCGAUCGAUUCCUGCCCGACAAAGCGAUUGAUCUUGUCGAUGAAGCUGCAUCGGCUCUUCGCUUGCAACAGGAGUCGAAACCCGACUCGAUUCGGGAACUUGAACGUGACAUUACUACCAUCCAAAUUGAGCUUGAGUCUCUUCGCAAGGAAACCGAUGUUGCCAGCCGCGAACGGCGAGAGAAGCUUCAAGAAGACCUGAAGACCAAGCAAGCGGAGGCCAGUAAAUUGACCGAGGCCUGGGAAGAGGAGAAGGCCGAAAUUGAUACCAUCAAACGCACCAAGGAGAAUUUAGAACGCGCUCGGUUUGAACUUGAACAAGCUCAACGCGAAGGAAACUUUGCCAAGGCUGGAGAAUUGAGAUACUCUACCAUCCCAGAGCUCGAAGCCAAGCUACCCAAAGAAGGCGCUGAACAGGAUCCUCAUAAUCAAACUCUGAUUCACGACUCAGUUACUGCAGAUGACAUUGGAAACGUCGUUUCUCGGACCACAGGCAUCCCCGUUAACAAGCUCAUGGCUGGAGACGUGGAGAAGUUGAUUCAUAUGGAGGACACUCUCCGAAAAUCAGUCCGCGGACAAGAUGAAGCGCUUUCUGCUGUGGCAAAUGCUGUGCGGAUGCAGAGAGCUGGUCUCAGCGGAGAAAAUCGCCCUAUGGCCUCUUUCAUGUUCCUUGGUCCCACCGGUGUUGGAAAGACUGAGCUCUGCAAGAAGAUGGCCGAGUUCCUUUUCUCCACGGAAACUGCAGUUUUACGGUUUGACAUGAGUGAAUUCCAGGAGAAGCACACAAUCAGUCGACUCAUUGGUUCUCCUGCCGGAUAUGUUGGAUAUGAUGAUGCUGGUCAGCUCACCGAGGCUGUCAGACGGAAGCCUUACGCUGUUCUGCUAUUUGAUGAAUUCGAGAAGGCUCAUCGUGAUAUCUCAGCGCUCCUGCUGCAGGUCCUCGAUGAGGGCUUCCUGACAGAUGCGCAAGGCCACAAGGUUGAUUUCCGAAACACCCUGAUUGUGUUGACCUCGAAUCUUGGAGCUAGUAUCCUGGUCGGAGCAGACCCCUUGUACCCAAUUAAAGAUGACGCCGGUGAUGCCGAGCUCCCAGAAAAGGUCAAAUCGGCUGUUAUGGAUGUGGUUCAGAGCGCAUACCCACCUGAGUUCAUGAACCGAAUCGAUGAAUUCAUCAUCUUCAGACGCCUGUCCCAGGAUGCUCUCCGGGACAUCGUCGAUAUCAGAAUCAAAGAGCUUCAGGCUAGACUCGAUGACCGCCGUAUGACUCUGCAGGUUGACAAUGAGACUAAGGACUGGCUGUGCGAGAAAGGCUACGACCCCAAAUUUGGUGCCCGGCCUUUGAACCGUCUCAUUGCUAAGGAGAUUGGAAACCGCUUGGCUGAUAAGAUCAUCCGAGGUGAAAUUGUCUCUGGUCAAACUGCCCGAGUUUCUCUUGAUGAGUCUAAGUCUGGCCUUGUGGUAACUGCGGAGACCGCGGAAGAAUAA